AUGGGUGGGGGUCACGCUCCGGCGGAGUGGUCGACCGACGCCCCUGGCUUGUACGGUUGGUCCUACUACAUCCGGGCGUUCAACCUCUUGCGAGAGCAGCCGACGUCGGAGCUCGGGUGGGGGCAGUGGACCAAGCCUGGCGGCCACUCGGAAAGCAUCAUCGAGGUUUGCGGCCUCCACCCCGGAGGCUUUGUCUGCGAUCCGUGCGAGGCGUGCAGGUCGGAAGGCAGCUGUAGUGAUCCAGUUACUGGCGAGCUUGCGCCGGUAAGCAGCGGCUGCCAGGACCCGACGCUGGAGGACCCGACGCUGGCCAACUGCGGCAAUCCGACCGACUACAGCAAGACUGAGCAGUGCGCAUUCUGGGAAUGCGGCACGGAUACCAAAGGCGGCGUGCGUGGCUCCAUUGAGGGUGGGAUGGGGUACUGGAUGUACACGCUUGAGACUCCGAACGUCAAGUGGAUGCUGCCCGGCGCAACCAACGCGAACUACGAGAUAUUCGCGGGCACGUUCCUCGGCGACCGACCCCAGCUUUGCUCUGUCCUCGGCGGCGCCGUCCGCGUGAGCAACCGCCUGCUGGUGCCGAACGACUUCGUCACCUUUGCGGGCGGCGACCCCGAUGGGUUCCUAGGAUAUAUGCUGACCAAGACGCCCCUCGGCAAGCGAUCCGCGAAUGACACUGCAAACUACUGGACGAUUGUCAUCGACGCGGCCAACUUUGCCGGACCUGUGAUGUACACUGCGGCCUGGUUCUGGGACAGCCGCAUCAACUGGCACCCCAAAUCAAUCUCGUGGUCCGACCCGCGCGUCAACAUCGGGUAUAUUGCCCAAGGCUUCGAGGGAUCCAUCGGCGCGUUCACCGCGCAGCAAGGCGGCUCGCAGUACUGGCGCACCACUCGAUGGGCGGUACCGCGCGACCGCUUCAGCCCGAGCUCUUCGCCCAACACCUCGACGCUCUUCACGGGCCACUCUCAGUUCAACACCGACUGGGCGGCGGACGCUCUUGAGCCCAUCUUGAGCGGGGCGGGUCUGGCCAGCGAGCGGAGUCACGCCGUCGUGCAGCAGCGGUCCGCCACGGCGGGCGCGAAGCCCGAGUGCAAAACGCCGCCGACGGGCGAGGGUGGCAUGUCUGUGUGGCACGAUGGCGGGACUGCCGAGGUCCUGUGGAAGGGAUUCGGCAUCGGCAGCGCUUUCGACCAAGCGCAGUCUGAAGCGGCGCACUGCGCGUCGGCGCUCUCACUCAAUCCCUCGCAUGAGGCCCUGUCAUGCGACGAACAACGGUGUGAGGCGGCGGCGUUCCUGCAGGGAGGUCUCAGCGACUCGGACCCUCCCGUCGUCAUCCCGGCCGAGGCUGUACCGUCCGAAGUCAAGACGGGGUUCGAUGCAGCAACCUUUGAGCCGACCAAGCGCAAUGACGGCAGCUACCUCGGACCGCCCGCUGCGACGGAGGCGGCGUGCUUUGACCUGCCGGCUAGCCCCACCAUGUACUGCACCGUCACCACAAGCAAGGCUUGGAUCGGCUGGCGGUGGUACAAGUUUGUCGAUCAGCCGGAGCUCUAUAUGGUCUUCGAGUCGCUUCCGGACGAUGGAACUCGGCAGGCGGCGCGCGAGUACAUGCAGGCGAGGAUCGAGAGGCUCCAUCGCCAGCAGGAGGCCGACGGCACCGGGAGGUGGUUCGCCCCACCGCAGGGCGACGAUGCGCUUCCCGCCGACAAGGUGUCGAUCGAUCCCGCCUUGCUGCUGACGCCGCCGGCCGGCUUCGAGUAUGGCUACGUGCCGGUCGCUGUCUAUCAGCGGCCGCGCGUCAAGCCGGCCGAGUGCGAUGUCGAGGUCAAUGUCGCUGACCCUCGGCCGGAGCCGCACCCCGAGUCUUACUGGGAGGACUGCACCAGCUCCUCGGGCAUUCGCAAUCCGAAUUGCAACAGGCCUGCGGGUAGCUACGAGGUCGAGACCUGCUCCGCAAACAACGAGUCACGAGCCGCGUUCAACUACCCAGGCCGUAUCUAUGGCUACUGGCCAGGCGGAAGCCAAGACGACCGCGUGCCUCUCGACGUCCCAACUCGCGACAGCCUACCAACCCGUGCUGCCUAA